AUGAGCCACGCCACAGAAUCAAAUCGUCGCGGCAACGAGCCUCACGGCAGCGGCCAGCGGCGCACGCGGCUGGCAGAGGCGGUGGAGACCGGGGGCACAGUGGUGGGGCGAGUGGAGGCGCUGGAGGAGGAGCUAGCGCGGGUGAACGGAGGAGGGAGCUUGAGCGGGACACAGAUGGGGGAUGCAGCAGUGGGUGGAGCAGCAGCGAGUGCAGUAUCGAUUGCAAUGGCAAGUGCAGCAGCACCGGUGUUGCCAGCUGGUCAUGUGGAUGUGGAAACACUGGAGGGCCGUGCCUUGGCUCCUGUUGCUGCCCCUGCUGCCGUAGCAACAGCACCGACUCCAGCAGCAGCAGCGGAAGCCGAAUCGCUGACCUUUAAUGCGGCUGCUGGUGUAGUAGUAGAUGGCAGUGCUGCUGACAGCAGUAGUAGCAGCGGCAGCGGCAGCGGCAGUGGCAGUGGCAGUGGCAGCGGUGACGGUGGCAGCAUAGUGACUCCUCUGUCCACACCAGAGGCACCAGUGCCGCUACCAGCGGUAUCAGUGCCUUUACCGGAAGUGAGACAAGACUGGGGUCGCAACGUGACGCAGCAGCAGAAGGAAGCGGAGGAGCGCACCAAGGUGCAGAGCGGUGCGUGCAGCGAGUUCAAGCUGCUGUACCGCGGUGGGUGGCGCGAGGGGCAGCUGGCCUGGGUGCCACAGCCUGACCGCUACUUGCUCCUGGACUGCCACAAGCACCAGGUGGGAUGGGGAGAGAGAAGGGGGGAAGGAGGGCGGAGUGAGGGGACGGUGGGCAUGGGUGCAUGGGGAAUAUUGGGGCACAGAGGCAAAGGGAAGAGUGGGUGCCUCAGCCCGACCGCUACAUGCUCUUGGACUGCCACAAGCACCAGGUGGGAAGCGGUUGGGGGGGGUGGGGGACUGGAGAGUGCGGAAGGCCGGCUUGGGUGCAUGAGGUGGGAAGGGGUUGAAAGGGGGGAGGGGUGGAGGGGGCACGGUGCUCCCGUGUGCUUGCACUGGGUGCUUUGUGCUCUCAAAAUGACUUUUGAGUCGACUCAAAAGUCGCGCUCCCGUGUGCUUGCACUGGUGCCCCUCCCCGCCCCUAACUUUCCCCCCGGUCCCCGUCCUCUCCCGUUCCGCCUCCCCUCCUAUCCCACUGCUCCUCGUCCUUCCCACCUGCCACAAACAAGCUCCUCCCUACUCCUGGAUCUGAUCCGUCUUCAACACUUGCCCCUCCAUUGUCCCCCCUCUCCUCCUUUCCCCCCGUCCCCCCCUCCUCCUCCACUCCCCCCUCCUCUGCUAGAAAGUAAGAAGUUGGUGCGGUGCAUGCGGCACAGCAUGAUAGCAGCGGGCAUGCUCAACCGCACGCUUGUCGUGCCCAUGCGCACACCCCUCGUGCCGCGCCACUACGACCGCCGCGCCUUCCUGCACCUGCCCCACACGCACCGCUGCUACGGGCCCCUCUCUGUCAUCUCCUGGGAAGACCUGCUGGGGAGGAUGAGCGCAGGUGGAGUGGCUGGGGGAGGGGCGAGUGGAGGGGCGGGUGGAGGGGCGGGAAGGGGGCCGUCAAUGGUGGUGGUGGGGGAAGGGGAGGUGGUGGGUGGAGGAGGGGACGCCAAUGACCGCCUCCCGGACCUACCAGGCCUCUCCCUCUCGCCCACUCUCACCAUCACCACCGCCCCCUUCCCUGCAGGACCCAUAGACACGCGUGCUUUCACCAACCUCUCUGCUCUCAUCCGCCCCUCCUCACGCAUCAUUGUGCUUGGCGACUUGGCUGCUUUCAAUCUCGAGGGGCCUCGGGGAAUGGAUGUUCCGUUCUUUACACUCCCGGGGUGUGGGAACACUCUGGCAAUACACCCUCACCCGGCGAUUCUGGAAGCCGCAGAUCGGUUUAUCCGGGGGGUGAUUCUCGGUGGAAAGAGGCGGUGGUGGGAGGAUGCAGAGGAGAGAGAGGCGGCGAGCAUGAAUACGAGUACAGCGGCAGAUGACUCUGAGGGAAAGGCUGACAGCGGCAGCAAUGGCAGCAACACGAGCAAUGAGAGCAACGGGAGCGGUGGGAGCAGCAGAGCGAGCAACAGGACGCUGUGGGCGGUGGGAGACAGUGCAGCGGACGAAGCAGCAGGUGUGGCGCGGUACAUAGCGGUGCACUGGAGGCGCACGGACCUGGUGCAGCUGUCCAAGGACCCCUGGGUGCACCUACCUGUGGCCCGUGUGGGCACGUGCCUCGUGCAGCGCAUGCGCCUGUCUGGGAAUAUCACCCGGAUGUUCCUGGCUACAGACACGGAUGAGGGAGAGGUUGAAUCACUGGUGAAGUUUAUCAAGGAGCGAAUUCCCGCGCACGAGCCCCCUAGUCACGCGAGAAUGGCGAAGCGCAAGCCGUCGCACCAACCUAGGUAUCCCCAUGGCGACGGAGACGGCACGUAUCAUGGCGAAGAGCCUUCUUCGCUCUUUCCCGAUUCGUCCGCUUCCGCUAACCAUGCGCCCUCCUCUUCUUCCCCCUCUCAGCUUCUUCGGUGUGAGCAGCGGCGUCCCGGCCACUUAGCCUACCACCCCCUUCCUCCGCACGACGCGCUCGAUUUCCUCGCGUUCCUGGAUCGCACGCCGCCGUGCGACGUCGCGCGCCUCUUUCGCGAGCUCCUGCGCGACCUGGCGAUGCGAAACCUGCGCGACUACCACUUGCGGAUCGACGGCGAAUCGCGCGGGCGCGGUGGGGAGCGGGGAGGAGGCGGAGGAUGGCGGGGAGGAGGCGGACGGGGAUGGGGGGAACGCGGAGGCGGGCGCGGGCGAGACGGGGGCAACGGGGGCUAUCCCUCCCCGCAAAGGGGCCGGGGUCCGCCGUUCAGGGGCGGACGGGCAGGCGGGGAAUUUUCGCCAGGUGGCGGGGGCGGAAGGUGGGGCGGUGGCGGGGGCGGGGGCGGGGGCGGGGGCGCGCAAGAGCAGAGGGCGUUUGUGGUGGAGGUGAUGUUUGGGGAGCAGCACGAGGGGCCCGUGGCCGUGGACGUGCCACAGGGCUGCAUCGCAUGUAACCCCCUUGCACCGCUCUUCACCACUGCCCCUGUCCCCGCUGCAGACGCUGCUGCUGGCGCUGCUGCUGGCGGUGACAAGAGCGCAGGGCUCAUCAUAACCCCCGUACGCCACGUGGAGUCUCUAUCCGAGCUCAAUGACUCGGAAUUAUACGAAUUUUUCCACACGGCGGCUGCUGCAGUGCAGAAAGAGAAGGUCGUGUUCUCACGCAUGGUGGUGAACCACGGGUCGUAUCGCAACCUGCCGCAUCUGCACCUCAAGGUGUUUUUAGACGAGGGGUCGUUUGAGGCGGCGAAGCGAGGGUGGGAGGGGGAGCGGGUGGUGAUGUGGGAGAAGCUGAUGAGGCUGCGGCCGGCCAAGACUGCGUUUUACGGUCGGUACACUUUCUCCGUCACUACCGCGAAAGCAGUUGAGGUGUGUCCUGCCCAGCUGGGGAAUCAACCCCCUUUCCUCGACAAGUUUUUUUGUGACGACAGUAAGGGUCAGCAGCAGCAGCACACAGCAGUGACGAACGCAUUUUCCCAGAUGUAG